CUGUUCGCCAUCGACCCCUUUUACUGCGGCUCCAUCGCCGAGCGGACUGGUUCGCUACUCUCCUCCGUUGGAUCCAUUAAACCACUCGUACCGGUUCCCUGAAAGCCUCUAGCUCCUGUACAAAUGCAAGCGAUCAAAUGUGUGGUGGUCGGCGACGGGGCUGUGGGUAAGACCUGUCUGCUGAUUAGUUACACCACCAAUGCCUUCCCUGGUGAAUACAUCCCCACUGUCUUUGACAACUAUUCUGCCAAUGUGAUGGUAGAUGGGAAACCAGUGAAUCUGGGCCUUUGGGAUACAGCAGGACAGGAGGACUACGAUAGGCUCAGACCACUGUCUUACCCACAGACGGAUGUGUUCUUGAUAUGCUUCUCCCUGGUCAGUCCGGCCUCCUUUGAGAACGUCCGAGCUAAGUGGUACCCUGAGGUGAGACACCACUGCCCCAACACACCCAUCAUCCUGGUGGGCACCAAGCUGGAUCUGCGAGAUGACAAGGACACCAUUGAGAGGCUGCGAGACAAGAAGCUUUCCCCCAUCACCUACCCGCAGGGCCUGGCUAUGGCAAGAGAGAUUGGGGCUGUGAAGUACCUGGAAUGCUCUGCUCUGACCCAGCGAGGCCUGAAGACGGUAUUCGACGAGGCUAUCCGAGCCGUGCUCUGCCCUCCGCCCGUGAAGAAGAGGGGAAAGAGGUGCACCAUGUUCUGAGGAGGGAGCACUGCUAAAACACUACACUACAUCACCAUGAACAACAACCACUACUUCUCUGGAUUAAGGGGAUGAGAGAGAAAAACUAGCGAGAGUGAGUGUGCACUGCUGAGAUUGCUUUCUUUAUAUUGAUGUUUUUUCAAAGCAAUAUUGGUAACAAGACCAAUAUUUAAUUGGAUUUUUUUACCAUUACUGAAUAGGUUCAUAGGCUCUCUGUGAAAGACAUCUGACUGUCCAUCUACUUUUUACUCAUAGAACAACAUCAAGUUGCCACGAGGGCUGACAAAGAUUUCUAUUACUUGUCUUCAUACUGCAACAUCUCUUCUUUAUCAACCAUGCUUGCUUGAAUUAAUGCAGUGUUGACUAGAUAGAAAGUGAACUGUGAAUACGCCUUCAGGUCUGAAGUUACCCUCAGCUCCUGAUCUAAGAUCAGCACGCUACUGGCAUGCACACAGAAAUCUGUUGGAACUGAUAGUAAAAACUUAAUACUACUGCAUUCACUGAAUUUAAAAAAUAGAGCAUGAUGUCUUAAAUGGUAAUGACGUGUUUAUCUACAACAAAUCAAAGUGAGAUGUUAAAGGGAAAGUCCAGUUUAUUACAACCUGGGUCUUAUUUUUGUAGUUUUAUUCAUCAUUCCAAACAGUAAUGACAUUGUAUUCACCAAGUAAAUUGCUGAGAUUUAGGAAUGUCGCAUUUCUACUUAAUAUUGAAGCUUUUCACUUCUAAUAGAGGCUUUAUGUCAAAAAUUGUUUCAAAAUAAGACCUUCAUUAUUUUUGUUUUAUGCAAAUAUGUUGCAUAUUGCCAAAUCACUGUUUUUAGAAUCAGAUGGCCACACAGAAAAUCUGGGGCCAGGUAGUGUUCUAGCUUUGAAAAGCUGUAACAUUGGACAAAGUUAAAGGAACAGCGGUUAAUGGGGGCCCAGGGGCUCAUUUUUGCCCUUAACCUAAGUGGUUUAGGAGCCUUGGUCAACUGUAAUGACUGUCUAGCUACUCAUAUUCCUUGCCCUUUCGGACAUCUCAGCCAUUCCUUUAAUGAGUGCCGUGUUAUUUAUACUGAUAGGAACAUUUUCCUAUAAAAUGAUUAUAUGAAAGAGACCUAGCAAAACUUAGAAAUGCAGUCAAAAGUUUUAAAUCCAAUGACUUUUAGCCUCAAUCCUAAAAUUAGGUUUGUGUGAAGGCUCAUUCUUGACCUUGUGAAUAGGAGUUUGACAAAAAAAAAAGUUCCCAUCAGUUAUCAGGUCCAUCAGCCACACCUUGCUGCCUGAUCAGUCAAAGACUGAGGUGUGGCUACAAGGUCAAGAAUGAAUGUUCAAGCCCUGCUUGUGAAGAGUAGUUUGACAAA